ACUUAUGAAAAAGAGGUGAAUCUCUUCCGCCCAUUUCCGCGUAGUUGAUAGUUUUUCUCGGAAACAACUUUAUCGCAAAUUAUAUUUUGACAUUAAUCAAUUUGGAGUGCUUAAUAAGGAGACCCAAGUCUCAAAGUUCAAAGUUAGUCGAGAAAUGUCUGGGCGCAUAUAAUAUCGCAACAAUAUAAAUUUUAUUAUAAUUUCUGAUUUCUAACCAAUUCGUUGUAAGUUUAAUUUAUUGGAGUGACAUAAUUAAUUUUUUUUAAAUAGUAAAAUUCUACAAUGGCUACAUUUCAAGAAGGAUGUAUAUUUUGUAAGAUCAUCAAAGGGGAGUCACCGUCUGAGAGCAUUUAUGAGGACGAUGACCUAAUUUGUAUUAAGGAUAUUAAUCCAGCAUCAGAUCAUCAUUAUUUAAUAAUUCCUAAGAAUCAUAUUGCUAAUGCUAAAGAACUGAAAUUGGAGGAUGAACCACUGUUUGACAAAAUAGUGGACACUGUAGAAGUUGUAGCAGCACAACAAGGUCUAGAUCUUGGAUCAACUAGAACAGGGUUCCACUGGCCACCCUUCAACACUGUAAAUCAUUUGCAUUUACACGUAAUUUAUCCAGUGGAAAAUAUGAACUUCUUAAAGCGGCAAAUGUUUAGACCAAAUUCAUUGUGGUUUGUUAGUACUGAUUAUGUCAAGUCGCGGUUCAAUGUCCCGAGUUAACUAAUAGUUGGAAAUAAUAAUGAUAAUAAUUGAAAAAUAUUCAACGAAUAUUCUUAUAGAAAUUGGUAGGAUGGUUAA